AUGUCAGAGGAUAAAGAUCAAGAAUUUGUAUGGAAAGUGAAAAAUGGAGAGUUAAAUGACAUCAAGACAUUUGUGGAAAAAGAGGCGAGUAGUAGACUUAGUCUUAGUAGUUAGUAGACACUGGUCACUGUUAGACUAACUAAGAGUAAGACAGUUCAGUAGUUAGUAGUAGUUCUGGAAAGUCCUGUACCGUAGUAGACAGUUUGGUAAAGUUUAGUAGACCGUACUAACUUAGUAAGUCUCAGAACUUAAAGACAAUAAAUAAUAGUUGGAGAAGUUUGAUAAAGUAGUGUAGUGAUUUAAAAUUAACUUUUCCUUAAAAUUUAAUUACUUUUACUUUUACUUUUUAAAAGUAUGUUUACAAGUUCUAUACUAUAUUGUACUAUGAACUAUAAUUUAGGACUUAGAAUUAAACUUGUGUUGUUCCGGUUUGAAGUGUUAUAAUUUAAAGGCAAGGGUUAUUCAUUUAUUCAUAUAUUGAUUAGAUCGAAUUCUUUUAUUGAUCCAAAUGGAAUUUUUUUUUAUUGUACAUAUUGAUUUCAGAACAUAUAUUAUGUGCACAUUAUUUUAAUAAAAGUUAAAAAUAGAAACAUUUAAACAAUUCAAGAAUUUUUAAAUAAAAAAAACGUUAUAAUAAUUUAAAUAUAUGAAAAGAAAAUAGUUUGAGUUUAUAUCAUCACCACAAAAACAAUUGUGGAACAUGAACUCAUGCAAAUAUGAAGGGAAAAGAUCGCAGCUUGUCACGGCUUGUGCCAAACUUGUGCAUCCACAUAUUUCAAAAAUUUUGUUUUUGGACUUAAGCAUCUUUUGGAUAGGCAAAAUUUUGUUGAUGGACCACAACAAAGUGUUUGUAGAUUCCUUGUCAGAUCUGGCCUGUGUUUGCAUAAUCCUCGCAUCUGUCCCAUACAACAAGUGAGGCUGAAAGGAUAUAUCUUUCUAUGCACUCUUGUAACAUGAUCACACUUUGGUUUGGCAUUGCCAUGAGAAAACAAGGGCCACUCUCUCUUUCUUUGCCACCAAAAAAACCUCUCUCUUUUAUUGGACAUCAAAAAAAGAUUGAUCUUUAUAGCACUAGCACUUCAAACCGGAACAACAAGAUACUUUAAUACCGGACGAUGAAGUAUUAGAUUACUUAAAUUAAAUCAUAAAUUAAAUUCAGUGAAAGUUUAGUUAGCAGCAUGGGUUUUGCCAAGAGUUGUCUCAUUCCAAACGCAAUGACAUCAAUCUGGGGAAUCCCAACACUGGACUUAGUGACAGGACCAACAGUAGGACCUGAACAAUGUGAAUGAUAGCUUUCCCAUUCUUCAAUUAGCAUUAUUUGCAUCAUAAACUAAAUCUAACCAUCGAUACAGUUACUGGUAAUAUGAAAUAUAUUAAAAUGAGACUUCAUGCGUUUUUUAUUAAAAUUCAACUUACAUGAUUCAAAAGAAAUUUUAAAAAAUAAAUUAAAAUCAAAUUUUAAAAAAAAGCUCGUCCUUGCUGAUACCCUACAUUGAACACUGGAAAAUAGAUGUGCACAUUAUUAAAAGUGCUGUCUUUUGAUUUAUUGGGACAAUUCAAUAUAAUUACCUGGAGAGGGGUCUCCAUUCCCAAAUCCCUCCCCCCACUUUCAGUACCGGUACUGGUACCUGUAUACAAAUAAGAAACUAUAAAAUUUCUGGAUAUGGAAAAAUUAGUGAGGAAAAGAAACUGUUAUUGUUAUCAAAAAAAUAAAAAAAUUACAAUCUUUUGAAUAUGAAACUAUGGCUGGUAGUUGACCAGCUAAACCUCCAUGAUCUAUAUACCGAACAUAUUUCCAGCCCUGCCGAUAACUGCAUAUUAGCCUUAAAUUCAAAUCAUUUCAAACAAUUGAAAUAGGGUUAGGGUACUGGUAGGCCCUAAAAUAAGAAUCUCAGGGUUACCGAUUAAGUAAUUAACUACCGGUAUUGUGUAUUAGGCCUAACCAUUCACUCUUUUGGUACCGGUAUACUUAUGUUUUAGUUAACCUGUAUAAUUAUUAAUAUAAUCAUAUUUUAGCUAUGUUAUUUCAAUACAAAUGAUAUAGGACCAUAAUGUCUUUUAUUUAUUGUUACUGGCAUGUUUUCUUAAAAGAUUUAAAAAUUAUUUUAAAGCAUUUCUAAUUCAAAUACCGGUACUGUCUUUUUGUAAGCUUACCAAAAAACAACCAUUUAACUUUAACUAAUUGUACAAAAAUAAAUAAAUAAAGCCUCAUUUGUUGUCUAAGGAUAGGGUACAACUGCUUAGAAAAUAUUUUGUUUAAUUUUUGUGGAGAAAAGAGCCAGUGAAGUUGUUCCAUUUUCAUAUCUGUGGUCCAUGCCAUGGUUUGGCUAAGUGUUGUAAACAUGGAUUAGAUGAGGAUACCAUGAAUUGAAAGGAAAUAAAUUAUUCAGAUUGAAAUUAUGCUUUUUUAAAAAAAGAAAAAUUAUCUCAGUAUUAUUUAAUUAUUGGGUCUGUUUUAUUGUCUUUAGCCCUACUCAGCUAACUUGAAUCAAGGUUAAAAAAUUAAACAUGCAUUAGGAAACCUCUGGAAGUACAGCAAGUGGAAGGUAUCCAAACUACUCUGUCAUGUAAAUUUUAAUUUGAGAAAAAACAUGGGCUAUGAUCUAUUCAUUACAGGGGGUGGAUGUAAAUAAAGCAAUACAAGGUCGCCUUCCCUUACAUUAUGCUGCAGAUUAUGGCCAAACAGAAGUCAUUGAGUACUUGAUCUCCAAAGGUGCUAAAGUUAAUGUAAGUUUUAAGUUUUUAAAGGAAUAAAUAUAUUAUUUAUUAUCAUAGAUGGAUACUAAAAAAUAAGCACUUGUUUCAAGAUCAUAUUAUAAUCAUAACCUUUAAAAAAAAAUAUUCAUAUAAUUUAAUUUUACAUUUAAUUUUAGAGGUCUUAAAUGGUCACUAUGGCACAAAUAUGGAAAAAGUGUAUAACAAAUUAAUCCUAGAUUCAUUUAGUUUUCAACAAAUUCAAAAUAAAGUUUUUUUUCUAAAAUGAGCAUAAGUUCCCUUUAUUGAAUGAAAAAGUAUUGUGACAGAAAGACACAAAAUUUGGUUGAUACAUAUUCUCCACCUUCUUCAUCCAGGAACCUGACAAGUAUGGAAUUUCUCCCUUACUGUCUGCCAUCUUCGAGGGACAUACUGCUAGUGUAAAACUCUUACUGGAAAAGGUUUGUGAACCCUACUGUUGACAGUUAUAAAUGUUUUAUACUCCUAAGCUGAUUUUAAUUAAUAAUAAUAAAAAAACGGGUUCAGUAAAACAACAAAACUUACAUGUAUGUAGCUGAAUAGAUAUAGAAGUAACUUAUUGCAACCUGUAAGUGGCAUUUCAGGGGUGUGAGGAAAGUGAUUAUAGGUACGGAGGAACCAUUGGUAUUUAAGUACCGGUACCGGUAAAAAAUUUUAUACUGAGUAUUUUUUUAAAGAAUUUUUGUUAGUAUUUUACUCUAUGUGUCAAGUGAUAAGUUUGUUUUUGAAAUUUUGCAGUUGUCUUUGUAAUUCAAUUUUUAAAAAUAAGAAAACUAUUUUUUUCUAAUUUUGAAAUGCAUUUUUGCUUUGUUAGGGGCUGCCAGAGGUAGUCAAACAAUUUUUAGGAGGUUCAGCUUGUAGAAAAGGUUGGAAAACCCUGAUAUAAAUAUUAAGGUUGCACAUAACAGAAAAUCUACUGAUUACCAUUUACUUGGAAUGAUUCAUCAUCCGUUAUCAAACCAGCUAAUCACUUACUUAUGCCAUUUACUAGUUUUACCCUGCAUGGGUUAUCGGCCGCCUGCAAGUGCUUUCCAUUCAUCUCGGUUCUGUGCUUUUCUUUACAGUUUAUUGCAUGUGUAUUCCUCUCUCAAUUUUCCCUGUGGGUUCCAUGAUAGGCAUAAUCAGGUGAUGUUUUCUUUGGAGUUAUACCCUAUCCACCUCAACCACUAAUCAACAGCAGAUUAUUUAUUGGGAAUUUUAAAAAUAUUUUUUCUUUGAAAUGCCUUUUGUAAUCACAAUUAUUUAUAGAAAUAUAACUUGGGUUACUGCAAGUUAGGGUAAACAGUUAUAACAUUAACAUGUGUUUGCAUAGUCAUUGAAGGUUUGGGGAACAUUUUUUAAAAAUUUCCAGGGCCUGGAAUGUUUUAGAAAAUAAGCAAAAAAAACCUCAGUCUUUGAAAGUUUGGGGUAAAUUAUAUAUAUAUUUUUUAAUCUAAAGAAAUCGAAGUAAGUAUCCAUUUAACUGACUUGCCCACUGCACAUUGCUGAAUAAAUACGAUUACUUUAUUAAUACAAAAAAAUGGAAAUGUUUUCAACGUAUAAAUACGUAUUUUAAGCGAGACAAAAUUUUACAUGAUAACAAUUUAACUUUAAACAUAAGACUAAGACAUCUAAAGUAUUUCUCUAAUGUAAAAAUCAGCCAUCGGUGAACUACUUUAGUGUCAAAAAUUACUUAAUAUUAGGUAUGUUUUAGAUUAAGUAACCAUAACCUUGCAAGAAAGAAUUUUUUUAUUGUUCUGUAGAUUUCUUUGACUUUGAGCCAAUCAAACUAAUCUUAAGUGACCGAUCGCAUAGUAACUUUACCCGUUUUGACUAAGCCUACACAUUUUAUGGUAAAAUUGAAUGUCCUUCGUUAACAUUUUCGAUUUGGAUUAGUGACAUACAUGCAUUUUCUAUUGAAACUUGUAAAAUCAUUUGAAUAGUUUACCAUAUUAAAUAUGCCUUGAGUUUGUUCUUUUAAUUUAUGAAAUUAGGCUUGAUAAGUCAGAAUACAAGUUUUGGGUUUUAAAAAAAAAGUAGCAUAUGACGAGAGGAGAAUCUAUGUAAAAAGACAUUGAUAUCUCAUCAAUGGAUGAAGGAGCUCUAAACAACCUUGCAAAGGGUAAGCUACAGUAAUUUAAACCUAUUUAUCAAUUAACUUAUUGAAAUAAAAAUUUGGAGGAUAUUUCGGGUUUUUGCCUAAGUAUUUAUUUAAGCUACUAAUUUGAGGUCUACAAAUUAUUUUCUCCAGACUUUAGGCUAUCAGUUAAUUUUAAUACAGGUAUGAGAUAAAUUAUGAUUAAUAUAUCAGGAUAAGCCUAACUAUAAUAAAAUAAUUUUUUGUUUAUAUGACUUAGGAAAAUGCAGAUUCAGAAUGAGAAAGCUGCUAUUUGACUCCAAUUGCUGGAUAUUUUAAUACAAUUAAUAAUGCUGACCCACUACCUUCAUCAUCAAGGGCCUCUCAUGGGCAGGGAUCAACAGGAAAACCUAUUAUAUUCAGUCUUUCUGCACAAAGAUGGAAGUGCUUACCGCUGAAAUCAUUUGGACAAUGAAAUUUCUAAAUGGCCAUUACAGCUUCAAUUCUUCUAAAUACACUCAGAGUGUGUCAAGGUCAUGUUUUCUACUUGUGAAAUAGCACACCAGUUUGCAUGUGCUAAUAGGAACUCUGCAUAUCUCAGCAUUAUUUUUAUAGCACCCUACUUUGCUGAUAUGCUUUUAAAAUAAAUAAGAGCAGAUUCUACUUACGUUCUUAUGUUGAUGAGACCAUGAACAGAUACAAGAAAAUCUCAAUGAUAUUAAUAUUCUCAUCUGGGAUGUAAAUAAAGUUAGUUCAUUUUUCCACUCAUCCCAUUUGCUUGUACAUCCCACUGCUGAAAGUGAAAGCUUGUUGGAAAAAUUCAGCCUGAUUACCAUAGACCUUGGACACAGGAGCUUUUUACCACUGUCUAUGUAUGGCCCUGCACUGAACUGUAAACUAUUCCAUGUUAGAAAAAGAAAUUGAACGGAUAAUCUAUUUCAUGACAGUCCUUCUAGAAGUACGAGAGAAUAUUUUCCAACCAUCACAGAUACUGGUUCUGUUGUAUUUCCACUGACAUAUUGUAAGCUCGAGUAAUAUCAAAACAUUUUUUAUUCAUAAAGCUAUUAUGAAAAGUUCCUUUUUAUUUUAUUAAUACAAAAAAAAAAAAAGAUUUUUAAUAAGUGAUUCCUACUACAUUUAAGCUUUAAUACUGGCUUUCUUACAUAGUUUUAUUAACUGCAGGUUGCUUGAAAAUAUUGAGCCAGCUGAAAAAGCUAUCCUGGUAUUACUAAUUUAUGCGUGUACGCACCAGUUGGAAAAACAAAAUAUAUUGUCUAUAUAAAAAGUACUUAGUUAAAAAAACAAUUGAAACACAAGCACUUUCUUUAUUUGAGUGGCAUUGCAAAGCAUGCCGGAUACUCGAUUGCAUAUAUCUAUAUUUAUAUAUAUUUUAUACAUAAUAAUUAAUUUAUUCUUAAAUUUAAAUGAAUGUUUAUUGUACUUAUGAAGGCUUUUGUCGAAACAUUUAAAUUUGUAUUCUGUUGACCCGGUAAGCAUAAUUAAAGCUGAACUAAUAAUUAUUUAUUUACACAAAUUGUUUGUGUCUCAUUAAUUUACCUUAGCCAACAGCAAAGCCAAAAGGACUCAAUUUAAAAGAGACUUCUCUUUUAUUUAUGCUUCAAAUUAGUAGGAAAGGCUUCAGAUGAGGAGAAGGAAGUCCUUAAACUUAACUCCAAAAACUUAUUGCUGGGGUGAUAUAUGUUUGAUGUAUUAAUAAAGGAUGUAUUAUUUAUGUAAAUAUUGAAUGGACUCUUUCAAUAUAUAAAUCAAGCCUAACAAAUAUUUUGUUCAAAGCCACUGGGUAAAACACAGCUGCUAGGACAUUUGUAAUAUUUGGUAUAGGACAAUUCCCCAUUAGUCUGUGCCCGAUGAUUCAUCAUGAUUACUAUGUUUAAAACUAUUAAUUCAAAUAAAAAAUUACUUGUGAACACUAAUCUGAAUCAAAUAAAUAUAUAUCAUUGUACAUACUUUUGUGGGUGCUAUAUUAAAAAAAAAAACACUUUUAAAACAUACACUUUAUCGCAACGAUUUGCCCUAUAAUUGAUCAAAAUCAUUAUUUUUUACUAACAUAGAUUUUAAAAAAUUUUUUUUAUUGAUUUUUAAGAUGAUUACUAAUAACUGAAACAAAAAAAUUGGUAAAAUUCCCUUAUUUCAAUUUUGGUGUUUAACCUGCCCUUUAGUGUGAUAAAGUAUUUCUUCUACUUCAACUGACUUCUUAUAUAUUUUGCGGGCCCACCAUCAAAGAUUUGAUCAUUCUGGGUUAUAUAAAUUUGUAUCAGUGCUAUACUUUGGUGACUUUAUUUUUGUUCUCUUUAGAAUAUGUAAUACUGGUACUGUAAAUAGGUGUUCAAAUUUUUAUUUAAAAAAGGUCAUCGAAAGGUUUGGCCAAAUGUUUUGAAUUCUGGACCGUGAAGUCUGUAUAAACCCUGCAUUAAAAACUGGGUAAAGAAACCCAAGAGAAUACGGUACCGGUACUCAUUUGAAUCCUAAACAUUGGGUUUGGACCAUAUAGACGCAAAUAGUUCUUUUGUUUUACAAGAUAUGGUACCACUACUAGCAGAACUUAUAUUUUAGUAGAGCUGUUACCGUUCAUUCAAUGCAACAAAUUUAAGGGUCAAUAUUCUAGCCCUGCCUGCAAGGCAUAAAAAAAUAAGGCUACCUGCAAAAAAAAUAAUAAUAAGCACAAAUGUCAGAAAAGGGUUUUUUAAAUAUAAGUUGUACCGUUACAAUAAAAAAAAUAAUGAAAUGAAUGCCUUUUUUAAAUGAUUUUAAACAAGCUAUAUGCAUUUUAUUUUUGCAGGGAGCCAACAAGAAUGAAAAGUCACCUGAGGGGAUUCCUUACAUCGAAUGUGCAGAAAAAGAUGAGAUAAAAGCACUGCUGAAGUAAUUUGCCAAGUAUAAACAAUGUGCAGUGAAAUGGAAAUAACUUUUUAAGUAAUUAAUGAAUUUUACUAUUUAACAAUAAUGGAGACAGUGUAAAUGCAAUUAUUCUCAUCUAAUAAAUGCCAAAGUAAGCUCCAUGGAACAAUAACAUUUUAAAAAAUCCAGAAUGUAUUUUCCAUCUUGCGUUGUAAAGUUAUGUCAUAUAUUUAUAAACAAAUGUUCUUUUUUUAUCACUUUAACUUAUUGACUAACAAAGAUUACCAAAUCAAGAUAAUUAUUGUUAUCUCAUUAUAGCGCGCUAUAAAUUAAACAUUUUUUCAUCAUGCUACAAUCAUAUCAAUUGUGAAAAUUCAUCAGAAUUUGGAUAUAUAUUUUUUUCUUUCUAAAGGUUGUGGCUCUUUCUCCCAACCUUAACAUAUUUACACAAUUGCUUUUAUGUGAUAAACUUAACGCUAAAGUAGGAAUCACACUUGAAUCUUUUCGUGCUUUUGUUUUCUUUCUAUGGGUGAAGUGAAAUACAAUAUCACAAGUAAUUAAUUCGAACUUGUAGCUGCGUUGAGAUUGUGGUCGCCUCUUGAUGUUUAUAAACUUCUUCCCCUUUGACAAUUAUGCUCUUCAUGCCUUUGUGUUCUUUAAGAUAUAAAUGUAAUCAGCAAGUCUGAAAGGUGUUAGUUGAAAGAUUACUAUCUUUAAGUAUGCACAAAUCAAUGCUGAUAAUAUUCAUGCAUGUCUUUCAUGAAUAAAAACAAAGCCAUAAACAAAACUUUUUACAAAAAUAUGCCCAAACUCAGCUGAUUUUUUCGCACAACUUACACUUACCAGUAGCCUACAUUUCUUGCAUACACAGCACUGUGAAUGAUUUUAAUUCUAAAAAAUUCCUCAAUGUCUCAGGGCCCACUACUUUUUAAGAGAAAAGGGAAUUAGAAUUUUAUUACUGUAACUGUAUGUAACACUAAAUUUUUCCCAACAGUAGUUGCAAUUGAAACAAGAUGGUUCCUGCUUUUGUUUUCCUGUAACUUAGUGUAACACAGGACAUUUUGCGUGGUAGGUUGACUUCAAAAGUGAAUAAGUACGACAUCCCUUGGAUUUAACAAAUGAAUGUCAAAGGUUCCUAUUUCAUGUACCCUAUCAUUCUUUUUUUAAUUUUUAACUUUCAUUCCUUUUUUUUUCUGACAGUCAGUCAAUGAAUGACUCCAGGUCAU